AUGAUUUAAAAACCUUAAGAGGAUGGUCCGUUAAUGCCGUUUGAUUUAUCGUUUCGUGCAUAGGACUAGAAGUUUAUGUAAUUCGAAAGAGCAUAGCCAAUUGAAGAAUUUGCAAAGACUGUUUAGAAAAGGAAUUUCGAAUAUGAAUUUUAAUAUCUUAGACAAAACACCGAAACAGCAUAACAUGAAAAGUAUCUAGUUAAGGAUGUCCAAGUUUAAAAAUUAAAUAGAUACUCAAAUAUUUUGCCAUGUACAUAUACCAUUAAUUUCUUAGUUUAUCAUUCGAUUGUAAAACCAGAAGUCUAAUCGCCAAAUAAAUUGAUUAUUUCAAGAGACAAAUUUUACAUCAAUGCAAAUUACAUACGGGGAAUUAAUAAUGUUGAAAAGCAGUACAUUGCAACUUAGGGCCCCGUUCCAGAGUCCAUAAAUGAUUUUUGGCAUAUGGUUUGGACCAACAAUGUUGAGGUCGUGAUCAUGUUGUGUAAUUUCUUCGAUAAAGGGAGAGUAUUUUCUGUUGUUUUUCUUAGGUCUAAUGUGAAAAGUAUUGGCCAAAAGUGGGAUAGAAGGCAUAAUUUGGUCCUUAUGAGGUGUAUUCGGUUUCUUAGGAGGAGAUUCUGAAGUCUAUUUUCUAACAUAAGAUCAUCAUCAAGACUUAGGUGGAAUACAGAGAGAUCUUUCAUUAUCAAUGGACUAAUUGGAAUGAUUUUGGUGUUGUUGGCAAUGAAGAAUUAAAAAUUCUUGAUAUGCUUGCUGAUAUAUCAAAUAAGGCUGCUAUGUAGAAUAAAAGACCAGUGAUUCAUUGUAGUGCUGGAGUUGGAAGAACAGGAACAUUUUUAGCCAUAUGCCAUAUAAAAUAGUUAUUAAUAAAUAAUAAAGCAAAAAUAUCUAUAUUUAGCAUUGUUCGAAGAUUGAGAGAGUAGAGAGCUCUUAUGAUCUAGACACCUGAGUAAUAUCAGAUGCUUUAUAGAUAUACCAUGUGGUUGUUAUAUAAUUUGAAAUAUAUCUGA